AUGCGACGUUCUUCGAGCUAUUCGCUGGACGAACGAUUCAUGUACGCGAAGGGUGAGGUCCAUAGAGUACGGUGGCAUCCCAAAUCACUCUCACAUUUGUUGGUUCUGCUCUCAGAUAAUACUAUGAGGUUAUACAACAUAGCCCUUAAGACUGGACCACGGAUGAUUAAGUCCUUCCUAAUCGGACCAAAACCUGUAGGGUCCUUAGGAAUGACCUUGCUGGACAGUUUCGGUGACUCGGCAGUCGAUUUCACAGCCACACCAGAUAAUGAACACUUGCUGAUUCUCAGUGGGAACGGUGAUGUUUAUAUGAUGAAUACUGACUUCUUGGAGAGUAAAAGUCCCCUACAAAUAAAACUUCGCGGUCCUCUCGCCAUGUACCCACCAGCUGAUGACAACUAUGGCUCCGAAUCCUGUGCCAUCAUGACGAUGGGAGCCGCAGACUACUCCACCAUUGUUGUCAUCGCCAGUGCCACAGCAUCGCUGUACCAUUGUCUGCUUCUACCUAACGAUUCGGAGAAAGAAGACAGCGAUGGCUACGCCCUCUACGUUAUGGAGUCUGUGGACUUGAACAUUGUGUUGAACAGCAAAGAUGAUGUGCCAUUUGUUUAUCCGGUUCACUUGUACCCUUGCUUGGGGAAUACGUACGCGUGCAUGCACGCUGGCGGCGUACACUCCGUCACUUUGCCCUUCAUGGGACAUCUCAAGGACUUAGCUUUGGCCGAAGAGAAUGAAAUAGAUUCUAUCCUGUCUCUGAUAAGCAGCAAGUCGAGCGCGGCUCGUCACUUGGUCUGCACCAGCUCGGACGAGGCCUCACCUCCGGUGGGACUCGUCUUGGCUCCUCCGCUUCAUGACAUCCUGGUACUUUGCUCUACGGGGGAGUUGCUAACUAGAAGGUUGGAGCCAUACAUCAUAGAAGAGAACCUGUUCAGGGAGCUGCAACUCCAGAAUCCAGCUUUGCACAACGAAGAGUUACACGAACUAUUAAAAGAACGUCAAAAACUGUCUUUCGUGACGAUAAUACAAGAGAUAUUGAGUCGUGAGGUCUCCCAACCCAUUCUGCAUUUGAACAAGAAUCAGGAUCUGGGACCCAAAGAGAUGUUAGAGAUGUUAACAGAGGUGACAGUGAAGCUCCGGGAGCAGUACAUCGCGCGUCAGAGCAGAGCCAAUUUAGCCCUGGUCAGCAAGAUCAACGCGCUGCGCUCUUUGCAGAUGCAGCAGGUCGCCUGGAAGGAGGACUUACAGAAAGACAUUCAAGACGUCGAAAUGGAGUCCGCGCUUCUGAUAGAGAAGAGGAAUUUGGCUGAGAAAAAGCAAGAAGAUAUUAAAUUUAGAUGUUCUUCGGUUAUUCGGGCACUGAGUUCGUCCUCCAUCAAGAGUCCAGCCGAACAGGAGAUGAUGAGACAGUUAGAGACGUACAAACAAAAAUCCUCAUAUUUGCAGACGCAGACACGAAGCCUUAGAGAACAUGUGGACAAACAUAUACAACGGAUUAAAGAGUGGGAAGAGGAAUACAAGAAGAAAGAUAUCGCAUUGGGCAAGUCACAUAGCGACACCAUCUCAUCUAUACUUCAACAACAGACAAAUCAAGUAUCAAGUCUUAUUGAAGAAACAAAACUAUUGAAGGAUCAGCUUGGAGUUGUUUGA